AUGUCAAUCGUUUCCUUAUUAGACAUUGAAAUUUUAAACAAUCCAGCCAAAUUUACAGACCCAUAUGAAUUCCAAAUAACGUUCGAAUGUUUAGAACCAUUGAAAAAUGAUUUAGAAUGGAAACUAACUUACGUGGGGUCAUCUCGUUCAUUAGAACAUGAUCAAGAAUUAGAUUCCAUCUUAGUGGGACCAGUUCCAGUUGGUGUGAACAAAUUCGUCUUUUCAGCUGAUCCUCCAUCUGCUGAAUUGAUCCCUGCAAGUGAAUUGGUUAGCGUCACUGUGAUAUUGUUGAGUUGCUCCUAUGAUGGUAGAGAAUUCGUUAGAGUAGGAUAUUAUGUUAAUAAUGAAUAUGAUAGUGAAGAAUUGAGAGAAAAUCCACCUGCUAAAGUACAAGUAGAUCAUAUAGUAAGAAAUAUAUUGGCAGAAAAGCCAAGAGUGACAAGAUUUAAUAUUGUAUGGGAUAAUGAAAAGGAAAGUGAUAUCUACCCACCCGAACAACCGAAUGUAGAUGAAGAAGAAGAUGAGGAGGAGGAUGAGGAUGAAGAAGAAGAAGGUGAAGAAGAAGAAGAGGAAGAAGAGGAUGGAGAAGGACAAGAUGACGAUGCUGAAGGAGAAGAAGAAGAGGCCGAGGAAGAUGAAGAAGCAGAAGAAGAUGAGGAAGCUGAAGAAGACCUUGGUGAAAGUGAAAAUGAAGGAGCAGACAAACUUGUCGAGGAAGAAAUCAGUGAUAAAGAAGAUGGCGACAGUACAAACAUUAAGAGAAGGAAAAUAGAAAAGUCCGAAAAGGAUGAGGAUAAAGAAGCAAUUGUAUCUACUCCACGUGACUAA